GGCCGGAACGCCACUUCCGCCGGAACCUUUGAAUGGCCGGGCGCUUUGGGACGAAGCACGCAGGAACCGGAAGUCCGUGGGGGAAGACUGGACCGUGGGAACCUACUGCUUUAACGUGGAGGAUGAACGUACCUAGUCUCCUCUUGGCGGGAGGGAGAUGGAGAUGUUUUCCACUUCCAUUAGGGUACUCUUUAUUCCAGGCCCUACAUAAUUCCUGCUGUCGGAAAGAAUCCACUGCACCAAAGAAAAUCAUUCCCCAUGUCGAUUUUUCUGAUGAGACAGCAAAGGAGUCUGGAAAGACACUGGACAAGCUCUUCUCUUCAGAACAGCAGGCUUCCAUCUUGCAUGUGUUGAAUACAGCAUCGAAUAAAGAACUUGAAGCUUUCAAAUUGCUUCGUGGAAAAAAGUCCCUCAAUAUUGUAGAACACAGAGAAAAGUUUGGACCAUUUCCGAAUUUGGAGAGUUUAAUGAAUGUGCCCUUGUUCCAGUAUAAAAUCACCAUUCAAGUUUGUAACUCCAUUCUUAAUCCAGAGACCGAAGGGAAAAAAAAGAAGUUACAGGAAAGUCGGCUCUUGAGAAAGCUCAUCAAACCAGAAAUAGGAAGAGAGAGAGUUAAGGCAGUUAAUAGUAUUGUAUCCAUUGUUUCUGGUACUCGAAGAAUUGCCUGGGCUCACCUCGAUCGGAAAUUGGCAGUGCUGGACUGGCAGCAAACUGAAUAUUGCCAAUUGAUGAAAGGAUCAUACCUAUCAUCUGUCUAUUUAGAAGAGAUUUCGUCAAUCAUUUCAAAGAUGCCUAAAGCGGACUUCUAUGUUCUGGAAAAAACAGGACCUUCAUUUCAGAACCCAUCUCUGUUUCCUGUGCUGUUACAUUUUCACAUGACGGAAGCCAUGCUGUACGCCUUACUGAAUACAACUUUUGCCCGGGACGGCCGUCAUCAGGUGCUGAGCGUGAAUCGAAACGCAGUGGGGAAGCACUUUGAGCUGAUGAUUGGGGACACACGGACUAGUGGGAAAGAGGUGGUGAAGCAGCUCCUCUCAGAGUCUGUCCUGAGAGAUGAGCCGCGGGUGUUCUUCCCACCCGAGAAGAUAGUCCGCUACAGGCAGAUGUUUUCAUCUACCGAACACAACAGAGUGGAGGAGUUAUAUGAUUCAUUAUUACAAGCUAUUGCCUUCUAUGAACUGGCUGUUCUUAAUACUGAAUCUUAAAAUUCUGAGGUUAGUAUGUUACAUGCUGUUAAUAUUCUGUGAAUUUAUAUUUAUUAGCUCCUAAGUUGUAAAAGUAACUGUUUUCAACAUCCAUGUUAACAGAGAAGAAAACACACGUUUGAAUGUAUUUAGAUGUUUAGAGUCAGACUUUUGGCUCUUGAAUGGUUUACACAAUAAUAAACCAAGGCUAAAUCAAUAUGAGAUUCUGUGCCUUUCA